ACGUCAUUCAUAAGCGGUCGCAACCAGCAGCAGAAGAAGCACCAGUGCACCGCACCGCACAAAGAGAGUCUCUCCCCCGGUUCCGAGAAACCCAAACCAAACCCCCUCUCCUUCCCCCGAUCCCCAUGGCGUCGCCGGAGCCGGAGGUGUUCGACGUCGUCAUAUUUGGGGCCUCGGGCUUCACGGGCAAGUACGUCAUCCGCGAGGCCCUCAAGUUCCUGCCCCCCAACGCCUCCCCGAUCCGCACGCUCGCGCUCGCCGGCCGCAGCCGGGACCGCGUCGCCGCCGCGCUCCGCUGGGCGGCGGCCCCGGGGCCCGCGCCCGACGUCCCCAUCCUCGUCGCCGACGCCGCCGACCCGGCCUCCCUCGCCGCGCUCGCGUCGCGGGCGCGGGUCCUGCUGUCCUGCGCGGGGCCCUUCCGCCUCCACGGCCACCAGGUCGCCAGGGCCUGCGCCGCUGCGGGGGCCGACUGCCUCGAUAUAUCCGGAGAGCCCGAGUUCAUGGAGCGCGUCGAGGCUGACCUCCACGAGGAGGCUGCCAAGAACGGCUCCCUCGUCAUCUCCGCCUGCGGGUUUGACUCCAUCCCCGCGGAGCUCGGGUUCCUCUUCCACUCCAGGCAGUGGGCGCCGCCGUCGGCCCCGGCCAGCGUCGUCGCGCACGUCAGCCUGGAGUCCGACAAGAAGAUCGUCGGGAACUUCGGCACGUUCGAGUCUGCCGUGCUCGGCGUCGCCAACGCCAGCCACCUGCAGGCGCUGCGCCGGACCCGCCCGAGGCCGCCCAAGCCCAAUAUUCCGGGGCCUCCACCUCCCAAAGGAUCACUGAUAGAGCAUGACAAGUCACUAGGAUUGUGGGUCAUGAAGUUACCUUCUGCUGACACAGUGGUUGUGAAGAGGACGCUAUCAAAAAUGACAGAGCACCCCGAGGGCCUUCCUGGAGUGGAAGAAACCCCAGAUUUUGCUGAGCGUAGGAAGGAAUUCUGGGCUUCUGUUAAACCAGCACAUUUCGGUGUGAAGAUCGGCACCCGUUCCCUUCUGGGCGUUCUGCGGUUCCUCUGUACUGGAGUGUUCAUCGGCAUACUUGGGGGUUUCUCCUUUGGAAGGUCCCUCCUGCUCAAAUUCCCUGAGUUCUUCUCCCUGGGGUGGUUCAGAAAGACGGGGCCGACAGAGGAAGAGGUCAGCAGCGCCUCGUUCAAAAUGUGGUUCGUCGGGCGUGGCUACAGCGAUGCGGCCCACGCAGCGUCGCAGCGUGGAAGCAAGCCAGACAAAGAGGUGGUCACCAGAGUCUCGGGACCGGAGAUCGGGUACAUCACAACCCCGAUCGUCCUCGUCCAGUGCGCCCUCGUCUUGCUGAGCCAGCGGGGCAACCUGCCGAAAGGCGGAGUGUACACGCCGGGCAUCGUCUUCGGCCCUACCGACCUCCAGAAGCGCCUCGAGGAGAACGGCAUGUCGUUCGACCUCGUCUCGUCCAGGACCCUUCCUUCGGAUUGAACAGGCUUCCUGAACGUGUUCGCUGGUGCUCCCACACCAAUCAUCCUGACUCUCGUCCAUCGUCAAACCAUGGCCUUAAACUACCUUCCGAAGAAACGUGGUCUUUAUGUGAAGUAACAGUAUACUGCGCGUGAAAGAACGAAAAGGUUGUACUGGCGUAAUGUGAAUCAUAUGGGUUCGAUAUAUAUUAAUAAGUGUGUAAUGCCUGGGAUGCUGUUGCUGGAACUCAGCGACUUCAGUUGUUGCAGAGGAUGCUUUGCUUUCGC